GAGUGGAUAACAUAGAUUUGAAGGUUUCGUAAGACGUCAAGGGAGAUGAGUGGAGAAGGAAAGGUGGUGUCCGUGACCGGAGCUUCUGGGUUUAUAGCUUCAUGGCUGGUGAAGCUCCUGCUCCAACACCGUUACACUGUCAAAGCAACCGUUCGAGACCCAAAUGAUCCAAAGAAGACACAGCACUUGCUUUCACUCGAUGGAGCUCAGGAAAGGCUUCAUUUAUUCAAAGCAGACUUAUUGGAAGAAGGGUCUUUUGAUUCUGUAGUUGAUGGAUGUGAUGGUGUUUUUCAUACUGCAUCCCCUGUUGCAUUGGAAGCCAUUAACCCCCAGGCAGAAUUGAUUGACCCUGCAUUGAAGGGAACCAUCAAUGUCCUAAGGUCCUGUUCAAAAGUUCCGUUUGUCAAAAGAGUGGUUGUAACAUCGUCUUUGGCUUCAGUUUUAUUCACUGGAGAACCUCUGACUCCUGAGGUGCUAAUUGAUGAGAGUUGGUUUUCAGAUCCAGUUAUAUGCAAGGAAUCAAAGCAAUGGUAUGUGCUUUCAAAGACCUUAGCUGAGGAGGCCGCUUGGAAGUUUUCAAAGGAGAAUGGGAUUGACAUGGUCACGAUAAAUCCAGGAUGGGUGAUUGGUCCUCUCUUACAGCCCACUCUUAAUCUAAGUGCAGAGCAAGUUUUGAACCUCAUAAAUGGAGCUCAAACAUUUCCGAAUAUAUCAUCCUGGUGGGUUUACUGAGAUACUGAUGUUAGAGAUGUUGCCAAUGCACACAUUCAAGCAUAUGAGAUCCCAGAAGCUAGUGGAAGAUACUGCUUAGUAGAGAGGGAUUUACACAAUUCUGAGAUACUGAAGAUUUUGCGCAAGCUCUACCCUGGAUUACCUCUACCUGAAAGAUGCGCAGACGACAAACCUUAUGCACCAUCCUCCCGGGUAUCCCAAGAGAAAGCAAAGAGUUUAGUCAUUCACUUCACUCCUCUAGAGGUGUGCAGAUGACAAACCUUAUGUGCCAGCCUUCCAGGUGUCCCAGGAGAAAUCCAAAAAGCUUGGGUAUUCACUUCACUGCGCUGGAGGUGCCUAAAGUAUACUGUAGAAAGCUUGAAGGAGAACCAACUCAUCAGCUUAUGAGCCAAUUAUUGGCUGUCAUGAUAGAAUAAAUAUGGACCUACAUUAUAUUAACCAUUGUUCAGGAUUUAGCUAUCCAUAUAUAUACGAUUUCUAUUUGAUCAA